AUGUCGGCUCUCGAUGCAGGUCCUAAUGCCGCGGGGCCUUCAGAUCCCCAGUCGAGAGCACAAUCAGAUGCACCCUCGACCUCUCAGAGAGAAGUGGCGCCAAGCGGCCUGUCCAGCAGCAUGGAUGUUUCGCCCGCCCCCGAGCCUGCGCUCGCCCUCGACACUCCCCAGUCCCAACCCAUGACCGCCACCGCCUCGUCCUCUUCACAACCACCACCCGUGGAGAAUGGCGAUGGCUCCGGUGCUGGCCCUUACGGGACUCGCUCGAGAAAUCGCACAGGCGCCUCCCGUCCCAACUAUGCAGAAGAUAAAGAGCUGGACUUAGAUUUGGAACCCCCUCCCAAAGUCAGCCGUUCCAGCAAAAGGGUGUCGGCUGCAAAUAGCGAACACCAAUCCACGUCCUCGGGAUUCGCGACCGUCAAUCAUUCCAAUGCCGCACAUCACAUCGAGAAUGCGCCGACUGCCCGUCCGUCGACACCUGCGCAAGCCAGCACUUCCACCUCCUCGAAGAAGAGAAAACAACCAGGCAGUCACCAUACAGUUGGGGCAAACUCGAGCGCUGGGACGAAUUCCCGAUUAAAACAGCUGACGACUGUCCCCUUCAAGGGCUAUGUCGAGACAAAUAUGAUGAGUUUUUCAAAGUGCGGACGGAAACUCAACGACAAGAAACAAUUGGUUGCAGACGAUGGGACGACAGUAGGAGUUAACGAUCACGUCUACUUGGUUUGCGAGCCUCCUGGCGAACCUUACUAUCUGGCGCGGAUUAUGGAAUUCUUGUACGCCAAAGACGACCCUGAUGGCCGCGUUGACGCCAUGCGAGUUAAUUGGUAUUAUCGGCCAAAGGACAUCUUGCGGCGAGUUCAAGACACUCGCUUGGUCUUCGCCUCGAUGCACUCUGAUACAUGUCCCCUGACCUCGCUCCGUGGCAAGUGCAACAUCCAUCAUCUGUCGGAAAUCUCCAAUAUGGACGAGUACCGAAGCAAGCCAGACUCCUUUUGGUUCGACAAACUCUAUGACCGGUACAUGCAUCGGUACUACGAGGUCAUUCCGACCCACAGAGUGGUCAAUGUCCCCCAGCACGUGAAGACGGUACUUGACCAGAGGUGGAAGUUCGUCCUGGUAGAGGUCGGGCGAGGCCGUGAAUUGACGAGCGAAAGCAAGAAGUGUACCAAGUGCGAACAAUUCGCCAGCAAUCAUGAUUCAGUAGACUGCGCUGUCUGCAAGAGGACAUACCACAUGCAAUGCGUGAGGCCCCCUCUAUUGAAGAAGCCCGCCCGAGGGUUUGCAUGGGCCUGUGCGGCCUGCAGCCGUGCGCAGGAGCUGAAGAGGGAUGCUCGUGACACGCCGGCUGGCUCGGAGGUUGCUCCUCUGGACGACGAGGACUUAAUGGACGAGGAUGACAUGGACACGCAGCCGAAGGAGCAAGAGACCCGGGAGAGUAGUGCCGUGAGGGAGCCAGAUCCACCUACUCCGGCGCAGGCUGCCCAAGCGAACCUAUGGCCCUGGAGGUAUCUAGGUGUUCACGCUCGGGCAGAAGAUGCUCUAGACUACGAUGACCGCAUCUAUCCACGUGCAAGUUCGAGGCUAGGCCCUCGCCACCAGGCUAACGUCAAUGUGUGGCAUGGUCGACCGGUGGAAUUGGUGAAACCGGCCGAAAUCAAGCGAAAAUACUUGAAGAACUCCCAUCACCAAAAGGGUGGGAAGCCAACCAAAGAUACAGGCACCGAUACGGACAAGGAUCAACGUUUGAAGCGCCCAAAAUGGGUCGUGGAUGAGCCCGUAGGCUACAUUCCUCGAGGACAGGACGAGCCCGUUGAGAUUAAGGGCAAGAAGGAGCAUACUGCACAACUGAUCUUCAAGAUGCCAGAACCAUCACAACUUCCCCAGAGAGGUGGCGAUGAGGCGGAAAAACCUGAAAAUGCCGAAGAGCUGGUUGACGACUACAUGCGAAGAGUCAGACCGAUUGCGGACCAGUAUAACUUACUAGACUCGUCUGUGGACUUUUUGACAAAGGCAAUUGAGAAGUUGCAGGAGCACAACUACAAUGUCGACAAAGCACUGGAGGCGAUGAAAACGCUGUCUCUUCGGGGUGACCUGAAGCAACCCGACCUCAACCGAGAGGAGAUCAAGCGCUUUGAGGAAGGGGUUGCGAAGUAUGGGAGUGAGCUCCAUCUUGUUUCGAAACAUGUUGGCCCAAGCGUAAAGGAAUGGCGAAUUGUCCGUUUCUACUACAUGUGGAAGAAGACCGAACGAGGGAAGCAGAUAUGGGGCAACUAUGAGGGACGCCGUUCUAAAAAAGACUCCAAGCGCACCGAUAAAGAUGGAAAUGCACCAAAGCUGUUGGACGAUGUCGCGGAUGACCAGGAUGACUCGGCAUUUGAUGCGGAGAAGGCAGCUCAGAAGAAGCGUGGAUUUGUGUGCAAGUUCUGCAGUACACAUCACUCGCGGCAAUGGCGACGUGCACCUGGGACCCCUCCUGGCACCUUGGUACCCAAGGAUCAGGCUGCGAAAAACAGCAAAGACAAAAGCCAGUGGCUGACACUGGCCUUAUGUGGAAGGUGCGCCUAUCUCUGGCGCAAAUACGCGGUUCAGUACGAGGACAUUGAAGAGGUCUCCAGAAAGAUUGCAUCUUCAGGAAGCCGUGCAGCGAAGCGAAAGGUUGACGAAGAGCUCUUGCGACUGAUUUUGGAAGCACACCAGAUGUCAGGGGAUCCCAUUCCUCCACGGGCGGUGGACGAGGUUAACAAGGCCGGAAUGGAUGUGCCGCAAAACAUCAUCCAGCCGGAUGAGCCACCGAAGAAGAAGGGUAAAGUCGACCGUGAAGCAGCUCACAAAACUGGAACUCCAGACGUUGUCCCUGAGAAGAAGAAGGCGCCUGAGAAGCCACAAGAACCGCCACCAAUUGAGCCAGAUCCGCCAAAAGUCAAAAUCCAUCCAUGUGCUGUCUGUCGCGUUAUUGAUGUGCCUGGACAGGAACUGCUUAAAUGUCGCGACUGCCGUCUCCAUGUUCACGGAUCCUGCUACGGGGUGGGACCCAAGACAAAUACCAAGCCGUGGUUUUGUGAUAUGUGUCGUAAUGAUCACAACCUCCAAGUCUCGACCACGUACGAAUGCGUGCUGUGUCCCGUUAAGUUCACGGCCCAGGAACUGAUGGAGCCGUUAAAAACAUCUCACAAGAGAAAGACGGACAGAGAUCGCGAAAAAGAGCGGAUUGAAAAAGAAAUAAUCCAAGAAGCCAGUCGCCGGUGGCGUAUGGAGCAGGAAGCCGCCGGCCGACCUGUUAAUCCUCGUGAGGCCCUCAAAAGAACCGCUUGGAACAACUGGAUUCACAUUACCUGCGCACUAUGGACAAAGGAGAUCAAAUUCGGCAAUUCCGAACUGUUGGAUGACGCGGAAGGCGUAGGCUUCAUCCCUCCGGAACGAUUCGAGCAGCCUUGUAAGAUCUGCAAACAAACCGGAUACCCAACGGUGAAAUGUCAUCAGUCCAACUGCAACGCCUAUUUCCAUGUUGGCUGUGCUCAUCAAGCAGAUUACAUUUUCGGCUUCGACGUGGCUCCCGUCAAGAGCAGCCGUCGCGACUCGGUGAGCGUGUUGAAGCUGCAGGGCGAAGCAGGUGUGGUCACCGCAGGAAUUUGGUGUCCUACACAUCUUCCACCGACCUACGUCCACAACAUGCUUGAGCCAACUGAAUCAGGCCUCAACGCGAUGCAGCUGUUUGCCCGCACCUACAAACAGGUGGACAAUUCGGUCACGGGCACCGUGAGGCGAGCUGCACAGUUUACUGCGAACCUACCCAGUCCGGCGCCUGCAGUUCAACACCAGGGCCGCAACUCUGCCGUCAACGGCACCAACGGCAACGCUGCCCACUCGGAGCGUACAUUUUCCGCCAGCAUCCGGUCCUCCCCAGCGGCAGAAUCGCCAUCUGCAACGGAUAGCCACGUCCCAUCAGGCUCGGCGCUGACAACAAGUGAGAAGGACGAUACCAGCAGGAAGUGCUGCACUUGCCUUGUGGAUGUCAGUCCUCGUUGGUGGCCUGUUCGUGGAUCCGGAGGAUGUUUAGCGGCUGCCAAUGGGACGCACGGCGAACAGCACGUCCAGCCUGGCGCCGUCGAUGGUCGUCGCGAUGCAAUCAUGACCAAUGGCAUUGUUAAGCCGGAGCCGGCCGAGAACAACACUCUUGGAAUGCUCGUUGACGGCGACAAGAAGGUAAUGUUCCAAUGCCACAAGUGCCACGUGCUGAAGCGAACACCGCCUUCAUCGCCUUCUCAGGUUAAACCUCGUGAAAAGGUACCGUCGGAGCCAGUCGCAGAGCCAUUUCCGUAUCCUCCUCCAGAGCCUGCUGCUCCGGAAGCAUUUCCGUACCAGCAACUUCCACCACCGCAGACAGGACUCCCUCCGAUUAAUCUGCCCUCGGUUGACGCUCCACAGCCGGCAGCCUCGCACUCUCAUCCUCUUGUUCCCCCGGUUUCACAUCUCCCACCAUGGCCCAACCCUGGUCCAGCUGCUCCUCCCCAGUGGACGUCUCCGAGCGUACCGCCUGUACGCCACCCUUCCCCUCCGACUCUACCAGGACCUUACGGGCACCAGAUCUAUCGACCUGCUCCAACAGCACCGCCGCCCGAGUUCCAGUCCCCGUACACUAGAUCAUCACAGGCCUCACCGUAUUCAACCGUUCCUCCACCCCCGCCACCACCUGCGCCUGUAGCGGGCCCGUUGCUUCAUCGUUCUCCCCCAGCUUCUUAUCCGCCGCCUUCUCAUCAUCAUCACCAUCCUCCGACGUCGACCGCCGCCCCGCAAACCGCUCGCCCACCAUCACCUCCUCGGUAUGCGCCUGAUAGAGGUUCACUGUCAUCAUCCCACCUUGGUCUGGGACCGUCGAGUAUACUGUCUAGGCCGUUCCCUUCUGAGCCAAUUCGCCAAUCGACUCUCGGUUCUCCUGUCAAUGGCUACGCAGCGCCGCCUGCCUUGGGUGCCAGGAAAUACGGUUCAGGACUUGCUCCGCAAACAUCUUCACACCCUCCGCCUCCGGGCGCAGGCAUGGUGAGACAUUCUCCGUCGGCGCAAUCCUUGGCUCAAAUUGCUCAAACAGUAUCCGACCCAUCGGCACCACCACAUUCGAGACAAACUAGCGUGGAGAUGUCAGGAACACCACGGUUCGGAACACGAGCUAUUCCUGAAAGCCCGCACCAGAGACCACCUACGCCAGCUGGUGGACCUGGAGUGCUCAGGGAAGAGAAAAGGGAUGCGACAGGCGCAAGUGCUAGUCCGAGCCUGAAAAAUUUGCUCAGUUAA